AUGGGAGGUGUAUGUGGACAUCAUGAUCAUCAACAUCAUAAUUUACAUCAAUUUGCUAAGUCACCUGGACCUAAUAGAACUGGUUGUUCAUUUAUGAAUCCUGAACCGAUGAAGUUUAAUAUUAUAUUUGAAAAUCUUCGUCUUCAAUAUCCUACUAAGUCUUGUCAUUUCAAUAUAAAAUUAGCAGGAAAUAUUCUUAUUGAAACACCAAAUCACAUAGAUCUGGAUGGUAAACAUGCUGUAAAUAAUUAACUAACCUUAGUGGAAAAAAGUUAUUGAAACACAAAUUCAAGCCAAUAUAAUUGAGUUACAUGAGAAGAAACUAGAAUUUUAUCUUUUUGAAGAGAAGAAUAUUAUUGCAAAUUUAGAGAUUCCAAUAUUUGAUAUUAUCAGUGGACCUAUUCAUUUUGAUUAUUCAAUUGGUAAAGGUAGGUUGUCUUUUGAUAUGUAAAUGGCUUAAAUAUUAUAAAUUGACAUAAAUCCUAUUGAGGUUGAUUGUAGUUAUAUUUAAAGUAUAAAAGACAAAGCUUAUGUCUUUAAUUUAAGACUAGUAACAAGAAAAAUGAAUUUUACAUCUCCAAAUUCUGAAAGUUUUUACAAUCCUGCUUAUUUAAGAGGUUUUAAUUUAUCUUUGAAUAAUUUUCUAUAAGAAAUGAUGUUUAGAACAACUUGGAAUAGUUCUUUCGAUUUACCUAUUCUUAGUAUAGAGUUACCAUCAAAUGAAAUGUAUAAUAGUUCAUUGUAGAUUUGUAUUUGGAGUAUUAAUAAAGUAAAUGAAUUUUAAUCUCCUGGAAUUUGUUCUAUAAAAUCAUUAAAAGAGAAGUAAGGGGGAGACUUAAUUAUUGACUAAAAUUUAUUUGCAGAAACCUUUAUUGCUUUACAUAAAUUAAUUUAAGAAGAUGGUGAAGAAGAUUUUAAAUUGUAUUAAUAAUUCAAAACUACUAUUAAUAAAAGUUUAUGGUGUAAAGGUAAUAAAGUUGGUACAAUUUAGUGUAAGUUCAAUGUUAAACUUCCUAGAUUUCUUAAAUAGAAACUAGUAGGUAUAAGAACUGAGAAUGGAUGCACAUUAGGUGUUAAUAUUUGUAGUUCCAAAUCAGUUGCUUAGAUUGCUGAAAUUAUUAAUAUCUUUUAAAAGUUAUAUGAAUCUAUGUUUAAGAUGCAAUCAUUAAGUCAUAAUGAUCCAAAUAGAACUAUUCUUUAACAUUAAGCCUUGACAAUUAGCUAGUAAUUAUUAGAGGAAGUUCAAAGGACUGACAAAGAUACAAAUUCAAAAUAAUUCUUUUAUAAGAACUAAGAAGACUUAUUUAAAGCUCAAGAAUAUUUUAUUAAGAUUGCUGAACAAAUAACAAAAUAUAUAGAUAAAUUGGAUGACAAUUUAAGAGAAGUUUGUUAUGAAAUUUUAUUUGUAAUUAUUGAUAGAGGAGAGUUUCGAUUACAUUCUUUAGGAUAUUUCGAAGAAUGUAAAUAAUUGUCAAAAAAACAAUUGGAACUCAAAAAUUCAGUUAAUAUACAUUAUUCAGAGUUCAUGUAACAAACCUUAAAUUGGGUACUUCUUAAAGUUCCAAUAAAAUCCUAAUAAUAGAAUGAGAGAAAAUUUAUGAUUAGAUUCCUUGUGCUAGCUUUCAUUAGAAUCUAUUAUUUCAAAGACUAAUUUUUAAAAUGUAUAAAUAAACCCAAUGAUCCAUAACUAAUAGAAUGGAGGGGGAAUGAGUUUUAACUGGAAGAAUAAGAUGUAUUUGUAAAUGAAUAGGUGGCAAUGAUAUUUGAUUGGUAAACAUACUAUUACAAUUAUCUGUCUUAAAACCAGCAUUAUUAAUCAAAUCAAUGUAUGAGUGAAGACUAAUGGAAAUUGACAUUAGGGAAAAGGAGUUUAGUUUAUCAAUAUUUUAUCAUUGAUUUUUGCACAUAUAUCCAAUAAAUUUUACAGAAAAACAAUAUCUAAUGGUAGCAUGUGCCUGGAUAUAAGCGAUUGUUAAAAUCAUUACUAUGUGAAUUAAAGUUAAAAGAAAAAUACACAGCAUUCUUUUUUGAUUGUGUGAUGGCAAUAUCUACUAAUGUCAACAUAAUAAAUAUUAUUGUGAUGAUAUUAUUUAACAAAACAAAGUAAGAUCUGUUUUAAUAAUUAGCUUGUAUUAAUCUGAUUAAGUCAUAUAGGUAUUUGAUUUAUUAAGCUUAAUAAUAAAUUAAUGCCCCCAAACAUUAACAAUUUUUGAUUACCCAUUCUUUUUAAAUGGAAUAAGAAUUGUAUUAACAUAAUCAGAACAUGCAAUAGCAAUAGCAACUGUCUUGAAAUUAAUUUAUACUAACUUUUUGAAAUUCCCCAUAGAAUUUAGAAAAGCUUUGAUAGAUCUAUUAUUUGAGCCAAUAUGUUUUGAAUUUUUUCUUCAUUGGUCUAAGACAGUUAGAACAGUAUUCAUGAGUUUUCUCUUGUAUAGGAUAUGCCACCAAUAUAGAAAUAAUAAAAUUUCAGUGAUGGAUGAGUAGUUGUUUGAAUAGUAAUAUUUGAUAGCAUCAAAGCCAAGAAAGAAUUUCAGUUUUUAUGAGAAUAGAAAAGAGGAGAAAUAAUUAAUAGUAUAAAUAUGAUUAAAUAACUAGGCAGAUUAUAUAUAUUUGAAAUAUACUAGAUUCAUGAUGAAUAUAGAAUAAGUUAAGAUUCAAUUGAAAGAGUUUCCAAUCCAUAAAGACUUAAGCAUUUUAUAGAAUCUAAAAGAGAAACUGGCUUAGAAGAAUGAGUAACAUCAAGAAAACUAGAACAUUAUUAUCUAGGUGUAGAGAUAAGAUGAUAAGGAAGAAAUUCCAUCAGAUAAAUAGAUAGUGUUUGAGAGAAGGAAUGAAUAUAGGAAUCCAAGUAAAAAGAGAACAAUCAUCUUGUCAGACAAUAAAUAUAAAUAUUUAAAGGUAGCUUUGAAUGAGUUUUCUGAAAUAACGAAGUAAUAUACAAAAUGGAGAUGUUAAUCAAUGAAUAUGAGUGGAGAUGAAUUGAGUCCAGAAGAAAAGAGUUAAGCUUAUUUGAACUUUUAAGUUCCAUAGAUAAAGAUAUUGGUACAUUAUGAUUAGAAAGAAGGAAAGCAAGAUUGA